AUUUCCAUCCCUCUCAACUCUCUGCCCUCAGUCGCAGCAGCAGCCUCCUCUCCGAGAUGGGACGAGUGAUCAGAGCUCAACGUAAGGGUGCCGGAUCGGUUUUCAAGUCCCACACCCACCACCGCAAGGGCCCCGCCCGCUUCCGCUCCCUCGACUUCGGCGAGCGCAAUGGCUACCUCAAGGGUGUGGUGUCUGAGAUCAUCCACGACCCCGGUCGCGGCGCCCCGCUCGCUCGCGUCACCUUCCGUCACCCCUUCCGCUUCCAGCACCAGAAGGAGCUUUUCGUGGCCGCCGAGGGCAUGUACACCGGCCAGUUCGUCUACUGUGGUAAGAAGGCUAACCUCAUCGUCGGCAACGUGCUGCCUCUCAGAUCUAUCCCCGAAGGUGCCGUCGUUUGCAAUGUCGAGCACAAGGUUGGAGACCGCGGUGUCUUUGCCAGGUGCUCUGGUGAUUACGUUAUUGUUAUCAGUCACAACCCCGAUAAUGGAACUACCAGGAUUAAGUUGCCAUCAGGAUCAAAGAAGAUUGUUCCGAGUGGGUGCAGGGCCAUGAUUGGUCAGGUUGCUGGAGGUGGAAGAACAGAGAAACCACUCCUCAAAGCUGGAAAUGCUUAUCACAAGUUCCGCGUUAAGAGGAACUGCUGGCCUAAGGUCCGUGGUGUUGCCAUGAAUCCCGUUGAGCAUCCUCACGGUGGUGGUAACCACCAGCACAUUGGUCAUGCCAGCACUGUCCGUCGUGAUGCUCCACCAGGCCAAAAGGUUGGGCUCAUUGCUGCAAGGAGGACUGGUCGUCUCCGUGGUCAAGCUGCCGCCACUGCUUCCAAGGCCGAUAAGGCAUAAGCAAAGAGCAGACUUUUGUUAUGCAGUGGAUUAUACUAAAUUUUGUUGGGAUUUUAAUUAAGCAGUAGUAAGUUUUGUUCUGUGGUUCAUAUUUGGACAACUAUGGUAUGGUAUUACUAGUGAUGUUUUCUUGAUUCAUUUCUUGCCUAGUUGUUGCUUGAUUUGAUUGUUUAGAUGCCUCAUCUACACACAUUAAUAGACAUCAGUCAACUUUUUGCAUGAAA